CGAUAAGGAACUUUUUGUCAGGCCCCACUGACAGAUAGCCUCGUCCAUCGAAUCCAUGAACCCCCCAAACAGGACGGCGACCUUAUAACUAAAGCCUAGCGUAACGACACUCCUUGUCGCCCCUAUUCCAUUCUCUCCAUACCGGGGCGCGCAUCCGAACUACGACGAUAUCCCGGCCGCUGCCGAUCAUCCAUACGAGUGACAGCGGACAACCGCCGACAGAGACGAACACACACAUUAAACCGUCAUGAACUUCCCCGGCAGCGGUGGUUUCGGGGGGCUAGGCGGCGGCGCUGGUGCCGGUCCUGGUGUUCCUGGGAUUCCGUCAGUCGGCGGGAACGCGGGGGCACCCGCGCCGCCGGGGUUUGACCCGAACGAUCCUAAUGUUAAAUGGCUGUCUAAUGCGAUGGAGUCGUGCUACGCGAAGACGGCUAUGAGUGGCGUCGCGGGGUUUGCGCUUGGUGGGCUGUUCGGCAUGUUCAUGGCCUCGAUGGCCUACGACACGCCCUACCACACAGCCGGCUCGCCCGGCGCUCCCGGCGUCCCGGGCAUCCCCGGGUCGGCGACGGCCAACGCGCUCUCGUCGAUGCCGCUGCGCAAGCAGCUCGCGCACGGCUUCAAGGACAUGGGCGCGCGCUCGUGGAGCACCGCCAAGAACUUUGGCGCCGUCGGCGCCCUCUUCAGCGGCAUCGAGUGCGGCAUCGAGGGGCUGCGCGCAAAGAACGAUAUCGGGAACGGUGUUGCUGCGGGCUGCUUGACGGGGGCUAUUUUGGCUCGUAACGGGGGCCCGCAGGCCGCGGCUGUGGGGUGUGCCGGGUUUGCGGCGUUUAGUGCGGCUAUUGAUGCGUGGAUGCGCAUGCCUAAAGAUGAGGAUUAAGGGGCGUAUCUUCUGGGGAUGGAUGUGUGUGGGGGGGUGGGUGGUCUUGUAUGAUAUUGUUUUGUUGGUGCUCUUGCUCUGGCUGGCCUGCUGGACGGGAGGGGACGGGUCUUGGGUUGUGUUGUCCAUGGCACUGGCGUUUGGGGGUUUGCUUGCAUAGACCUCGGGGCAAGGGAUAUCCAGAGGGAUGGAUGUAUAGAUGCGAUCUGACAGAUAUCCGGCACGGCGCGAAGAACUCCGCUUUAAUUUUCUCACACUACGGGUGGAGGGUCGUUGGGGAGUGAUAUGUACCACUAAAAUUCACGAAGAGACGGCAGGAGGG